AUGAACAAUUCAUUAGAGGAUGGGAAGGCGAGAUAUGCAACUGUGGGAAACAAACAGAAUGUGAGUGACAUGGGAAAUACGCAUCCACUCAAAGGCCCCGUCCAAUUUCCGCUUCUCGGGAAACUUCCGAAAAAUCGAUUGUUUGGAUAUCUGGUACGGAUCAUGGACAAUGCCAGUCUCACUAACACUGAUUUAAAUGUCUUUCUGAAGCACUGGCUGGAUGGAGGGUGUCCCCGAUUGAAACUAUUCUGCGCUAGAACUGGUUCUGUGGAUAUCUUUCGAGUUCUAGCUGGUUUACGGCAUAACGCCGUUCGUGUGGAGAAUCGUCGUGACUACAACAGCCCCUAUGGACAUAAAUGGAAUUUGUGGGAUGAAUAUGACAUCCAACGUGAGGAUGGUGUGACAGCUACAGUACACUAUGAGCCACUGAGUACCUUAGUUAUUGCAGUUUGGCCAGAAACCACUCAUAAUUAUAAUUAA